AUGCGUUCUCACAGGUGGAUUCCGUACUUAGCGGCGUGCAAGUUUAUGCACCAACGCCAUCGCCCGGCCGUAAACGUCGAGCUUGGCACCGGCACACCGCUGCCGCAGCAUGCACCCGUCGGCAAUCCAUCCAAGCCGCCUCACAGCACCCAAGCACCCUCGUGUAGCAGGCCCCUCAUCAUUCCGUCACCUCCCGUUGUCGCUUUUUGUUGCAACGAACAAUCCAUCGGGUACCAUGUACCGUUCUCUCCUGCUAAUUCCGAUCCGACCAACGCUCUUCCUCUCUCUUCCGCUGUCGGCACAUUAGCGCGGCGCUCAACCACUCUGCAGGCAGGCAAGGCAAGUCGCAGGCAGGCAGGCAACAUCCGCGCCCCCGUUGAGUCGCCGUCGCCGUCCCAGCGCCGCCGCAGCAGCGUGUCCCCGCCCGUGCCGCUGCUCCAGUCGCCGCGCGUCCUCAUGCACGACUCGCGGCCGCGCUACAGCCGCCCGGCGUCGUCCUCGCGCUCGCUCGGCAUCUCGUCCUCGACGCUGUCGGACCCGGACGUCAACAUGCUGCAGGAGAACGCGCAGAGCCUGGACGCAGAGGGCGCGCCCCCCGCCGCCUUCCGCACGUGCCUGGCCUCCACCACGCGCUGGUUCCAGCUCGUCAUGUUCUUCGCCUUCGUGGUGGCGCUCGUCAUGGCCAUGGCCAGCAGCUACGACAACCUCAGCCCGGGGCUCAUCUGGGGCGGCAUCCUGUCCGUCUUCUCCGUCUUCUUCGUGAUCCUGUCGUACGCCAGCGUGCCCAGCUACCGCCAGCACCCGAACCCGCUCGUCUUCUGGCGCACCAUCGCCGACGCCGUCUUCGUGCUGCAGCUCAUGGCGCAGCAGUUCGUGCGCUGCCUCUUCUUCGACUGCGUGCCGCUCUGCAGCAGCACCAACCUGCAGUGCGGCUGCAGCACCGACAGCGGCGCCGGCUCCACGUGCGAGGUCUUCGCGGGGCUCUUCGAGUUCACGCUGCUGGCCUCCGAGUGCUGGUUCUUCUGCAUGACGGCCAACCUGCUCAUGAGCCUGACCAACCCCUUCACGGACUUUAAGCGCAACACGCGCAUGUUCCACCUCGGCUCGUGGCUCGUCCCGCUCGUGCUCGGGCUGCUGCUCAUGAACACGGACGACUGGGCCGGAUACUCGGACCUGGGCGUGUGCUGGACCAACGCGCUCAAGAACCUGCAGGCCGACAACAUGCAGAACUGCCCGCCCGGCUACGAGGUCACGGAUAACUUCACGAGCGACUACAGGGCCGUGAACGCCAACAUCAUCAGCUGGCUCUUCUUCUACGUCUGGAUGGGGCUCUUCAUCAUCUUCGGCAUCGCCGUCUGGGUCUGGGCCUGGAAGCGCCUGAGCGAGGGCAUGCCCGAGACCUACGCCGUGCGCGUGCAGAGCAUCAACCGCGCGCGCUUCAACGUGUUCGCCGUCACCUUCUACUGGAUCAUCGUCGUCAUCGUCUACAUCAAGUUCCUGUCGCGCGACCGCUCCAAGCCCGACAAGUCCAGCGAGCUGCUCAACUUUUUGAUCGCCGGCAAGGGCUACCUCGACCUCGUCAUCUGGUUCGCGCUCAACGACUUCCACGUCGCGCACUUCACGCGCUGUCUGGGGGAGAACGCGGGCGAGAUCGACGUGGACCUGAACCCGCAGGUGAACGCGGCGCUGAGACGCGAGGUGCUGUUCUACACGACAUCAGGCAUCAUCCAGGCCGUCCAGGCCGCGGAGCGGCUGCCCGCCUCGCAGCGCAUUCAGCACUUGGCGCUGCUGCCGCAGACCAAGGCCACGAACGUCGCGACGGCCGCGGCGUUCACUGCAGUUCCAGUCAGCGAGAGUGGAAACGCUGCCCAUCCGUCGGCUGCAUAUGCCGCCUAUCUUCAACAGCAGUCGAACGCUGCUGAACGUGAAGGGACGAACGGCACAGGGGCAUUUGACGAGAACAUGCGUGUGGCCAAGAACUCGCCGCGUACCAAAACCUUCCACGACUACGAGCCGCACGCGUUCAAGAAGAUUCGUGAACGCUUCGGAGUGAACAACGAAGCGUACCUGCAGGCACUUUCGGCCACAGCCAAGGAACGACUGAGCGAAGGUGCCAGUGGAGCCUUUAUGUUCUACUCAGCUGAUGGAUCUCUGAUCGUCAAGAGUACCAGCAAGGAAGAGUGCUCCUUCCUGCGCAGCAUCGCGCAGGACUACGCUGAUUAUCUGUGCGCCAACCCUCGCUCUCUGCUGCUGCGCUUCUACGGUUGCCAUUGCCUCGAGCUGUACGGCAAGCAGUUCUCGUUCGUCGUCAUGGCAAACCUUUUCGAUACCGACCAAGUGAUCCACUCGCGUUACGAUAUCAAGGGAUCGUGGGUGAACCGCCACGGCGACCUACCGAAGCGUGGCAAGAAGGUCACGUGUCGCCACUGCAAUCGCAAGUACAUUUACCAGAACUCGGCUCCGGAGAAUGCCAAUUGCACGGUUCGGUUGGGCGGACACGAGCCGAACGUCGUCUUGAAGGACUCGGACCUGACGCAGAAGCUGAACCUCGAUCGGGACGUGGCUUUGGAGCUCUACCAGCAGCUCUGUGCUGAUUCGCAGCUGUUGUGCUCGUUUGGAAUCAUGGAUUAUUCUCUCCUGAUGGGAAUCAACGAAGUGGAGUAUGUGGUCGACGAAGGUAGCAGCACGGACGACGAGAUGGAUGCAAACACGCCUACGCAGUCAAGUGCACAAGGUACUAAGGCAGGACACAACCAGCAGCGAUCUUCUGUAUACAACCCGUUCACGGAGAAAUCGAUGAUGGACGCACGCAGUGGUGGUGUUCAGAACUUGGCCAGGUCGAAGGGCCCGCCUCCUGUGCAAGGUCCGUCGUCUAAGACUCGGCACCACGCCAGUGUGUCGUCGAACGUGGGAUCUUACAACGCUCGGUCAGCGCUCGGCGAGCCGGUGAUGCAGCGAAAGGCGUCAAAGCCGCAUGAAUAUUCGAAGAACAGCCGCAACGGACGACAUAACGCGAGCAAUACGUCUUCGUCUGGAAGGAGGCUCCCGCGCUCAGGCAUGCGCAUGGCUAACACCGUUGUUGGCCCGGCGUACUACCAUCUUGGUGUGAUCGAUAUUUUGCAGACUUGGACAUUCCAAAAACGGAUGGAGCGAUUCUUCAAGAUUGUGUUCAAGGGCGUGGACGGCGAUGGUCUAUCUGCCAUCCCUCCCAAGCUGUACCAGGCGCGCUUCCAGCUCAAGAUGGCGGAUAUUCUCGGCGUGGAGGACCUUGUGAGCGGCGACAACGCCGACCUAGACCUGUUUACGCAGCAGAACUCGCACAUGGAUGUCGACACGCAGCAAGUGGACCAGCAGUUCAACAUCCAGUCCAUCCGGUCAUUGGCCUCCUCCGAGCUGGUGGCUAUCAACCCAUUGGACUCGCACUACGCGAACAGCAGGUCGUCUUCGAAUCUGCGACAGCGUAGCACGGAGAACUCGCAGUCUGUUGGGCAGGACACGGAGGAGUACACGGGCAUCGAUUACCACCUGUAG